AUGACGGACGCUCUUGAUACAUGUAACAACGAUGUCUUAGUCAAAGCUUAUGAGGGUCUAAAUGUAAGUACGCAACUUGUGUCCUGCAUGACGCAGCACAAGUUUAGCGCUGCGUUAGACGGCUCCGUGGAUUUAGCGAUUGAAAAAGCCGCCUCAGCGCCUGACAACAUCAAGGCCUUAUGCACUGCGGACUCGUGCAAGACUAUUUUGUCGGCUCUUGUUGGAAGCGCGAACUUUAACUUGACCAACUGCAUCGUUGGUAACAACACUGUUCUCAAGGAGGAGGUUUCUAAACUUCAAGCGACUUGCCUGGCCAUUUCACCGGCUACAGAGACCCCUAAUACGAAUGGUGCACCAACUUACGCUCCUGCUGAUGUACCGACCGCUGCUUCUACUACUCCACCCACCGAUGCGCCGGCAGCUCCUCCGACUGAUACACCUCAGCCACCCCCGACCGAUGCAAUAUUAGCUUCUGCAAUCGUUGCGAAAAAUGCUUCCGCGACCAAUGCAACUACAGCUCCCGCUGCAGAUGCGAUAAAAAAUAACACAAUUGAUGCUCCACCUACUCCACCGAUCGAUGCGUCAGCACCUCCACCGACCGGUGCUUCAGCACCUCCACCGACCAAUGCUGCAGCACCUCCACCGACCGAUGGUCCGACACCUCCACCGACCGAUGGUCCGACACCUCCUCCGACCGAUGGUCCAACACCUCCACCGACCGAUGGUCCAACACCUCCACCAACCGAUGGUCCAACACCUCCACCGACCGAUGGUCCAACACCUCCACCAAGCAAUGCCCCAACACCUCCACCGAUCAAGACUCUAACUGCUAACACGACCCAGACAUUGGUUGAUUCAUCAAACGAUCCAUCUCAGUUAGAGCCAUAUUCUGAUGAACCACAGCAGAUGCACCAGACUUCUCCCUCUGGUAAGCAUUGUGAGUAG